AUGAGCCUCAGGAUCCCUAACGACUUCCGUGAGCUAUUUUUCCUGUACUUUCUAAAGAUGAGCCCGUCAACGACGCAUGUCGCCAACGCGAGUGACGUCCCAAUUUGGGCAAGAGUGAUUGACGAUGGGAAGAAAAUCAUCGACAAUGUGGUGAUUAGGACUCCGGGAAAUGUGGAAAUCCGAAUGGGAACAGCCAGUGCUUUUGCUGCAGAACACGGAUUCACCAAGAUCAGCCCUCGAGUGGCAACUCCGUUCUUCGCUGGCGAUCGCAUGUUGUGGUUGUUCAGGACGAAGGUCUAUGUCAGUGCGUACUAUGUUGAUCCCGUGAAUGGAGCCAUCUGUGACAUAUGCUCCGCUCAUCCACUGCCAGCCAACUACAGUGUGAUCACUGCCAAGGAUAUGACACUUCGAGCCACAGAGAUGGGUGAGCUGUGGAAGGACACCGCCGGAAAUUGGCACUGA